CCUGGUGAUUGAGAUAUCGAAUAGCGCUGUAAUUCAGCUGGGUCGGUUGCGUGAUUGCUUUGAGCUCUGUGCAAACGUGAAUAUCAACACACACACACGUACACAACACACACGGAGGUCGAUCGAGUUUACAAAUACAAACGCAUGCGCAGACAGCCCUUACAUAUCGUAUAUUUUCAAGUGGAUGGCGGUAGUGUGACUCGGUUAUGAAUCAAUUCAAGGCGUAUCGGGAAUAUUUGUGCUUCUACUACACGUCUAACGUGAAGUUUGGUUAUAUGUGCGGCUGACUGUGAGAGGCGUACGUUCGGCACCAUGUCAAUGCCGCACAGGGCGCCCCGACAACAGUGUUACCUAUGUGACUUGCCUAGAAUGCCCUGGGCGAUGGUCCAUGAUUUUACUGAACCUGUGUGCCGUGGUUGCGUCAAUUAUGAAGGAGCAGAUCGUAUUGAAAUGGUCCUUGAUGCUGCACGACAAAUGAAAAGAUCACAUGGAUUUCAUGAAUCGAGACCAUCAUUAAAGACACAUCAGCCUCAUGGGAAUUUAUCAUCCAACAGAAAUUCAUCAGAACAUGGACCUAUGGAACCUCCGAGACCACUUCCGGGCCAAAUCGAAAGGUAUGAAAAUAGAAAUAGAAACAUUAUUGGUGAUUACAGUGCAUCUCCUCAGAGACUUACAAAUGGUAUUCCACCCUCAGGGCCUAACGGGGUUCAUGGGAGAGGUGAGGACUCUGGUCCUGACCAUCAUAGGACCCCAGCUAUCCCUGUUACAUCACGAACUGUAUUCCCAAUGCAUCAUCCCCUGAUUCACAGCACGGCUGGUAUCGGAAUCCUACCCCCGGGGCGACAUGGGUACGGUUCAGGUCCCGGACCAAAUAUUGGUGGUCCCGUUCCACCAAACAUCUUACACAAUGGUAAACACGACGGAGACGACGCUGAUUCACAUAACUCACAUCAUAACGAGGAAAAUCCAUUUAAGUUCAGUUCUCCAGAGGAAAUGGCCAAAAGACCACAAAUUGUACGAGAAACUGUGUCAAUGUUGUCAUCAUCGGUACCAUUUGAGAUAAGGUUCAAGAAAGAUCAUAAUGUUUUUGGACGCGUAUUUGCAUUCGAUGCCGUGUCAAAGAACGGGAUUGACUUUGAACUGAAGGUGUUCAUGGAAUAUCCGCUGGGCUCAGGGAACAUUUACAACAGUGCGUCAAGUGUGGCUAAACAAAUGCAUCAUGACAGUGGUAAAGAUGUUGGCAAAGGUCUUUCGUCCGGGUACAAAUAUCUAGAAUAUGAAAUGAAACAUGGACUUGGGGACUGGAAGAUACUCAGUGAACUUUUGUCAGAGACUGUAAGGUUUUUCAAGGAACCAGUCAAACAGGAUUUACUUCCAGCACCAUACGUUCAUCAAAAUAUACCGCCUUUGCCUUCACCGUCCACUUGCUUCCGGCAAGCGACACCCGGUGUACACCCGCGGGGACUAGUGGGGCAAAAUUCAGUAGAGGGUCAAGGAAAAAAACGGAAAACAUCGCCAGAGCCAGAUAGCGAUUUCGGGGAACAACGGAAACGUCAGCAAUGGAUACAAAAUCAAACGGAAGCUCUUAAGUUGACAAUCACUUCCGCUGGCUACGGGUCGGCCAGUUCUACGUCAGUAUCGCCUUUGAGUAACCAUACUCCUACACCGCCCGAUGGCGCCAAUGGUCCCGUCCAUACGGGACCAUCUCCAAUGGCGGCAUUAAUGAAUGUUACUGACAAUUUAGCUUCCGGCUCCGGUUCUCCGAUUCGUAGUGGAAACGAUGGAAACAGAUCCUCGCGACACAACAGUCAUUCCCCUACAAGUACACAACAGCAGACGUUACGUGGAGUGAGACCUACUUCGGGCCAAACGGGAGAGGGCACUUCAACAAUGCCCGAAUCAACAGUGCCCUCCGAAUCGCUCAAAUGUACCAUCUGUCACGAACGUCUAGAGGAUACCCACUUUGUGCAAUGUCCGUCAAUAGGGGAUCACAAAUUCUGCUUCCCUUGUUCCAGGGAUAGCAUCAAGCGACAGGGUGCAGGAGCGGAAGUGUACUGUCCAAGCGGUAAAAAGUGUCCUCUAGUUGGUUCGAACGUGCCAUGGGCUUUUAUGCAAGGAGAAAUAGCAACAAUUCUCGGUGAUGACUAUAAGGACAUGAAAAUCAAGAAAGAGCGCGAUACCUGAGCGGUUUUACCAAUAAAGUAUUCGGUUUUACUUUCCGUUUUAAAUUCCUUAUGGAGUCAAAUUGAUGAGCAGGGAUGUGAAGCAAUCAAAGUUUUUUUCAACUCGAAUACCAUAGCGAGUGGGAAAAAGUGUACUGAAAUAUUAAACUGUGCAGGUACGUUUGCCUGAAUGUCAAGGCAGCAUGAUACCAACAAGUGUGGACUCUGCCCCGAGCGAUCUGUCGGGCUGUUACGUAGAUAUUGUGUGAUGUUUUAUCCAUUUUGAAUUAAAGUUUAGGCGCGGCACGUUCGAGAAAAUGUUGAUCGUGAUUUGUGACCUAGGCUAGAAGUGUUAUCUGUGGGUUAUUUACGACUAAGGUCCUGGCCCCUGACAGUGUCUGAAUAACGGAAAAGUGACAAGUGUGUCACGGGAUAGCUCUUACGCGUGCCACAGUAACAAUAGACGUGAAAGGGAUUUAUUUAUGUUCCGACAAACAUUUCAUCUUGACCGUGUUGGCUUUAAAAAGUAUUUGACAUUUGUCUUAAAAAUCAAACGAUUGCAUUUAAAUGUCAUUUUGUCGUUUUUAUAUUGAAGAAAAAAAUGGUUUUCUCCAAUGUUGUAGGUAGAUUUUACCAUAUGUUAGAUAUACUAUGGUAUUUAGUUAUUUAAUGUAGUAUUUCGCAGUCCUGUUCAGUCUCAUUGUUGUUCACAUAACUGGGAUGUUGACGCUCCGGUUGUAUCCAUACCUUUUUACGUUUUGUAAAAGGUUCCAUUAAUUGUUUACAGUAGAUUGAAAUUUGAUAUAUUGGCUGAUUGGUAUCAUUAAGACCUUAUGGUGCCAUUAUUUUGUUGAAGUAUCGGUUUUUCUGUAUUUUUUCAUUGACUUCAAACUUGGUCUAUAUUUGAAAUAGCUCGACAUCACCCUACUGAAUGGUUAUUUUUUCACGAUGCUUUUGGUGUUUUUUUAGCGAGUUGACACUGGCGAUUUGUAGCAGUCCCGAUUGGUAGUUGCAUUGCAAGUUGUUUAAAUUUGAUACAAAGUUCACGUUUUGGUUUAGUGACGUGUCAUGAGUCUAGAUCUAAUAAUUGUUUUAAUUGUUUUGAAUCGUGUGAAAUUGAAAUGUGAUUAAUUUUUUUUCUGUUGAUAUAUCAGAUGGAGAUUUUUACUGCUUUAUCUAUCCAUGUGGAAACAUUACGUUGUUUGUACCAAAUGUUAAGAGUUAUCUGAAACAUUGGAAACUUUACAUCUACUGCGAAGACAUCCGUUUGCGUCACCUUAGUCAAAGAAUGGAAUAGUUUAAAGGAUAAGUUGUCGGAUUAAAGAGUAAGGAUUGUUUAUGAAUGGAAACCAGUGAGAAUUUAUUGCUUUGAAAUUGUCAUGUGUGCCGGUUAUACGCAAGACGAAUUGAACCAUAUCCUUUGUGAAAAUUUGGAACAAUUAGAAUUACAAAAGGGAAAAAUUUGUUUUGUAUCAAUUAAUUGAUUCAUAAUUAAGGAGAAGCUUGUUAUAAAAGUUCUUUUUACUAAGAUUUGGAAACUUCAAGAUGUAAACAUCUGAUAAUAUGUAACAACCCAGAUGUACAACAGUUAGAGUAUGGAGAAAACUUGUUCCCUUUUAAGCGUAAUAAGCAUGUUUAUUGGUUUGUGGAAUUACACCUAAAUAAUGCAGAUAAUUAGAUAAAAACCUAACAUUUGUGGCCCAGCUUCCAUUUCCUUAAGUAAUCUACCAACGUGAUUCUUUCUUGAAUUUAAAAUUGUUCUUUGUUUUAUUUCCCGAAAGGUAUUAAUCAAGAAAAUACUUGCUUUAUUUAGAAUUAACACGUUUUCCUUCUAACCAUUUGUUAUUGUUUACAACUCAAAAGAUCAUAUUAACACUUGUUAAUGUUCACGAAAUUAAAUCAAGCAUACUUUUCAGAACCGAAACCAGACAGGUUUGUUUAAAACCCUGAAAGCCAGCACUAAGAGUAGAAGACAUACCACAUGAUGGUGACGCGGUUUGGGUGAAAAUGUUAUCCUACCAACAUGUACUUGGUAUAUUUACUCUAAGGAUAAAUCAAUGUACAACUAGGUCAUGUCUAUGAACAUGUUCAGUGUAAUACACAUUCAAGAAACGACACGGAUACAUUUGUUCAGAGGUCAAGUUCGCCUAGUUAAGAGUUUUUUUCGGGGAUUGGCAAAGUUCCAUAAAAACGAUUUAUAAUAAUCGUGGUUUGGAGAUAAGCAUAGAACUAACAGAUGACAUUUUGUUGAGGAGAACAUGCCUGGACACCCCAUUGUGUCUAUUAGUUUUACUCGUUAAGCUAUUUUGUGUUCUUUGUGUUGGCUCAACCUAGUCAAUACAAAUACUAGUGUUGCGUUCUCAUUAUGAAAUGGUCUUAGACUUGCACAUGUCCCUUUAUUUUGGUCUUGUCCUAGUAAAGUACGAUAUUGGUUGUUUUAUAUAGACGAAUGAGUUGAAUUUCAGAGUGGAUAUAAUUUAAUUUCGACUAUGAAGUCCAUCUUCCCAUUUUGUGAUUGUAAUUGAUUAUAGACGCAAUAUCGUCUAUACAAUAUCAUUGAUGUAAGUUAUAAGGGACAUGUGUGAGUCUGGGGUUCUGUAAAUGGUCGUUGGCUGUUUGUGAUAUAUUUUGUCAGACCACACGACUGCUGUUACAUAAGCAUAUAUAUAUAUAUAUAUAAGUAUGUAUAUCGUGUAUUGAAUAUCCAUCUUCAUUGUAACAUGUCAGUGUAUGAUGCACGAGUAGGUAUCGUCCAUGAAUAUAUGAGAUUUACAGGAAAACGUGUGUCUGGCGAUAAGACUUUCCCCCCAUUGAUUCUGUUCUAAUAGAAUCUAUCAGUGUAGGUGCCUCGUUUUCUGUAUAGAUGUACUAUUAUACGUAACUAUACGGAGGCUGUGUAAGCCAGACUUGAUACACAUGGUCGAUACCAACCCGUACAUUGUACAUCAGACAUCAAACUUAAGUGCUAACACCUAGUACUAACUUUCAUUGUAUACGAUUUAACACGAAGCGUGGUCGUCAUAUAUUGUCAUUUUAUAUUAAAUUUGUUUACAAAAAUGUUUGUAUUGGGAAAAAACUGUUUAUUGUUAUGAGAAUACAACAUACUAAGCGAAACUAAA